UGUGGAAAAGGUAACAUGCAUUUGAAUGGUGCAAGUCUGAAGUAUCUUCAUGAACUGUUCAAUAGGGUUUCUCCAAGGACGCUGUUAACGUUUUGCACUAAUGGCAUACUGCUUCGCACUCUAAUGGCAGGAGACAGUGCUCUAUCAACAGUAACACAUGUUAUUGUGGAUGAAGUACACGAGAGGGAUAGAUUCAGUGAUUUCUUGUUAAUAAAACUGCGAGAUAUAUUGCAAAACCAGGCUAAUUUAAAACUAAUCAUUUCUAGUGCUGCUCUAGAUGCGAAUCUCUUUAUUAAGUAUUUUGGAAGUUGCCCAGUAAUACACAGUAAGUAUUUGUGAACUCUUGAAUCUGAA